AAUAGUAAAAAUUAAAUAAAAAAUAAAUAAUGAUAACAACUAUCCUGAUUGCUUUAACAUUUAUAGGUAUUGCUUUGCUUUUAUUCAAGGCAUUUAUCUAACCUCUCUAUAGAAUUAGUUUUUACACAAAAUAGGGUUUGAAAUAAAAGUUCUUUGUUCCAUUUUUAGGCUUACUAUAUUAGAUGAUUAAAGAUAUGAAUGGCAAGUAAAAAGAUGCUAUGUAUACCUUAAAACAUUUGCCAUAAAAUAUUAAAGAACAAAACUUGGAUGGAUUCGUUGCUAAUUUAGGUUCUACACCUGUUAUCUAUCUGCUUGAUGCAACUUUAAUAGGAGAGUUUUUACAAAAAUAGACAGAGUACUAUCAAAAAAGUGAAUUUGCAACAAAAAUGUCAAUUUUAUUAUUUGGCAAAGGUGUUGUAUUCUCAGAAGGUGAGGAGUGGAAAACGAAAAGAAAACUUCUUUCUAACACCUUUCACUAUAAUCUGAUUUAGGAUUAAGUUAAGUUAGUCUUGAAUGUCACUGAAAAAAUCUUCGAAUAGCAAGAUUAAAAUUCUGUUUGUUUCCUUCAGACUGUUGAGAAGAUAGGAGGAGAUGUAGGCCUUAUGAGCUUUUUAGGAGCAGAUAUAAACAAUUACACUCUAUUUGGGUAGGAACCAACUGCUGGCAUUAACUAGUAUAUAAAUCAAUUAAUGUCAUACAUGAAAAAUCCUUUAACUGUUUUGAUGGGAGGCUAUUUGUUUAAUAAUUAAGUUAGAGGCUCAGACAAAAAAGUCAAGUAAGGAAGCUAAGAAAUAAAGAAUCUACUAAAGAAGGUAGUUUUAGAUGUAAUUGAUAGAACUAAAAACUAAAUGAAUGAUGGCAAAUAAAAUGUAGACACAAGUAUUAUUUCACUUAUGCUUAAAAACGGUUAGCUUAAAACAGAAGAAGAAAUUGAUGAACUUGUAAUUUUGACAUUAAACUUCUACUUUGCAGCCAAAGACACAGUAAGCAGAUUAGUUGCAAAUUUGAUGUAUUACAUAGGCAAAAAUGAUCAUAUUUACAAUAAGCUAGAAAAAGAAAUUCUUUCCUUUAAAGAUGAAGAAAUAAAUAUAGAAAAUAUGAAAAAAUAUAAUUACCUUGAAGCUGUUAUUAAAGAAUCAUUAAGAGUUUGUGGACCUUCUCCAUUUUUAAUUCAGAGGACAGCACUUUAAGAUCAUAAUUUAGGUAAAUACAAAAUAUAGAAAGGAACUGAUGUUAAUUGUGUUUUUAUUUAUAAUUUUUACAAUGAAAAAUACUUUGAAAAUCCAUUUGAAUUUAACCCAGAAAGAUGGCUGGACUAGGCAUAAUUGGAAAAAAUAAAAAUCAAUCCCUUUUCAUAUCUUCCCUUCUCAGGAGGAUCCAGAAAUUGCAUUGGAUAAUACUUUGCUAUGAUGGAAAUUAAAGCAAUUAUGAUUUAUUUUAUGAGGACUUAUGAAAAGUUUUAAAUACCAGAAAAUUUUUAAUAUCACAUAAUUAUUAAAACAACAAUCGAAACAAAGGAUCAUCUCACUUGUUCACUUAAAAAAAGAGUUAAAUGAAUAAUUUGAAAGUUUUUUUUAUUAAAUUUAUGUUAUCGUAUUUUUUUAUUCUUAAAAAAUAUUCAUAAGUUAUCUUGGCUUUAAAUUUAUUUAAAUAUAUUAA